GCGACCUAUGCUCUGCAAAACACGCCCUCAUCGGAAAAGUUUCGUAUCAUCACAACAUUCACCUAACAUAAAAAAUUUGUUUCAACGUCGAAAGUAGUGAAAUUGACGAACUUAUGAAAAUACUAGAAGUUAAUAUUGUGAAGAGUGAGAAGUUUGUCGGCGAUUUGCCGGUAAAACUAGUGGAUCAGCGCUCGAAGAACCCUCGGCGCGAAUCAGUGACUCCGAAGAUCAUAGUGUGCCCGCCAAUGGAAGAAAUGUCGGAACCCGUUCCGGCGCCUCGCGGAGGAAGGCUGCUGCGGGCGCUCAGCAGGCGGCUCACGCGGCGCUCCGCCGACGCCGAAUCGCUCGCCAGCUCCAGCAGCAGCGACAGCGUCAGCUGCGACCCCAACAGGAGUGUCGGCGACGACCACUCAUCCUGCUCCGCCAGCGAAUCCGGCAGCGACGGCUCCGACCACCACCGCCGUCAUCGCUCUACAGUCUCGCUCCGCCGUGUCUUCCAAAGCCUUAACCUAACAUCACGAUCACAGUCAAGUUCACCGACCGAUCGUCAGCGGCAACCCAAAAAGCAAACCCAACCGAAGCGCAUUCUUCGUCCCCCUGUCACCUACACCUACGUACGCGGCCUCUCCGGCCUGCCGACACAGAGAGUGCCCCGGCAUGCCGUCUACAGCCCUUCAGCGGGACUACAUCGGUAAACCCUAAGAAGUGCUAAUCGACUGUGUACCAUAUAAUGGAGUGAACACGGACGGAGAUCAAGACUGGUUAACAUUUAGUAGGUAGUCUAAAUACCACUAGAGAGACAUGUCUCACCAUAUCAGUAGUUGGGUACUGAAACCUGAAGGAGGUGGCCGACGUUAUUGUCUUCACCGAGGACCAAGGGAGAGGCGACCGAGGUGCCUCUGUGUUGUGGGUCCCGCGCGCUAGGAGUACUUCGUGCUGUGACACGUCUCACUAAGUAGAUAAGGAAAAAUAAGACUGUGUCAUACCGAUUUGAAUUUCGUGGGUCCGUAACUUAAACAUAAUUAUGUAAUGUUUCAAUUGCUACUCUCUGGUAUUUAUGAUUACAGAUUUGCACUGUAGAACACCAAGUGAAUUAACCCUAGGCUAAAAAUUUAUCACUCAAAUUAUUUAAAUCACUGCAAUGAUAAAUUUAGUCACCAGUUCUCCAAAUAUUAUUAUAUACUUUUGAAUCGAGUAGUCAAAUUAACAUGAUGUACCUACUUAACAUAUUUGUAUGUUUCCUAUUAUUCAAGCAUAGUGCCUUUCACGUUUAUAAAUUACUGAAAAAACCUGUAGACUAUAAUUAUACCGCUGUAUUAUUUACCUUACUAGAACCAUCACGAACAUUGUACCUGGUGUUGUGUACUUAUGUACAAACACUGAACGUCGGCACUUACAUUAUUGUAUUUCCCUAACGCUGUGAAUAGGAUCGAAUUUGUACAUAAGUAGACUUUGUCUAUAAAGUAUACUCAGUACCUACGUUUAACAAUUGUUAUCGACCUAGGGAUACAUAGGUAGUCGAAAUAUAGCAUCUGUACACUUUAAGUCAUUUUUAUUGUAGUUAUAAGUUAGGUUUUCGUAUUUAAUAAAAAUAAAAGAAUUACAAAAUA